AUGUAUUACGACAACCAGGGCAGUGUGAAACUAUACAGCACAACGUGGAGAGUGGUGACCUAUUUCAACCUCAAGGAAUUGCAUGACAAAUUUGAAGAGACGCAGGAACAAGUAACCAUUGUGAGGGCGUCACUGACGGGGGUGAACCAAACAAUUAAUGCAGUCACCAGGAAUACUCAAAUAAUUGCGGAUGGGAUAAUGAAAUUGAGUAAACAUGUCGAGGAUUACGAAAAUAGUACCAACAGGAAGAUACAACACACCCUGAUUGUUUUGACUAUUACGGAACAACUGAUGCAAAUCUCUAAUAUGUUCAAUGAGCUCGAAAGGGAAUAUGAUCUAUUGAUCUCUGCCAUAGUUAAUGCGCAGAAAGGGCUAUUGGAACCACACUUGAUUAACCCUGUACAAGUAGUCACGUAUCUCGAACUGAUAAAGGAGGACUUAAAAGACAAGAAAUUUCCCGUUGAACUCACGAAGGACCAAGGGUAUCUGUUACUUCGUAUAAUAGAUAUAGAUGUAGUUCUUGCCGGCAAUACCUUAAGUUAUGUACUAAAUAUACCUUUAGUAGAUAGUAGUGUAUACACUUUAUAUAGAAUAUGGCCAUUACCCGCAGAAUAUGAUGCAACUAACAAGUUAUUUGCGUAUAUCGAGCCUGAACGAAACUUUCUGCUUAUUGACGAUGCGAAACGACAGUACGCACUACUGUCUCGGGACCAAUUGCAGUGUAAAACGGUUACGGCGAGAAAUCAAAUUUGUAAACAACGGUUCGUUCUGAUGUCGACCUAUGAUCACGAGCGAUGUGAAGCUCGAAUGCUACAGCCUAUGAGGGAAAUUCCGAAAGAUUGCAAUCAAAACACCAGCGUCGCAGAACGAGAGGGUCGACACAUCGCGCCGUCGCAGAACGGGAGGGUCGACACACCGCGCAGCUGCGGAGCCAGAGGGUCGACGCAGCGCACCGUCGCGGGUCCAGGGGGUCGCCGCGGCACGUCUAAGCAGAAGGUGCUGAUUCACGCCAACGCAGCACCAGCGUCGCAUCGCGCCGCCGCCGGGGUAGAGAGGCGCCGGUCCGCGCCGUCCCAGCAGCUGCACCGUCUCGCACCGCGCUCAUCUCGAGCGGGUCUACGCGCCGCCACCGCGACGCGCCACAUUCAGCACCAGCCAGCAGGAGUCAAGGUUAGUGGAGAUGUCAACCUCCAAUGA